UGAGCGUAAAAUACCAAUUAUCAAAUUUAGGCAACACUGGAUCCGGUUCCGUCAAGUAAGACGUCAACGCUAAAUUUAUCCAAUUUUUACCAUUGACUUUAAUUUUUACCAACAUUUCAACCAAUAAUACCUAAAAUACAGCUUAAUAAACGUGUUUUAAAUAUAACUAUCAUCUAAAAAGUAAAAACCAAGUUACCUCCAACAUGCCGCGUGGUAAAUUCACGAAUCACAAGGGUCGUAACCGCAAGUUUACAAGUCCGGAGGAAUUAGAAGAACAACGCAAGCAAGAAGAGCAGAAACAAAAAUGGAGAAAAGACCAUGGCGGUGAAAGCUCUAGUGAGGAAGAAUCUGAAGAGGAGAAAUCGGGGUCUGGCAGCAGUGAUGACAGUGAUUCUGAUGAAGAUCACCCCACAAAGGCAAAGGGCGUGUCCGGGUUGAUUGAAGUAGAAAACCCAAAUCGUGUAGUAAAGAAAAAUAAGAAAUUAAACAACUUGAGUAACUUAGGCGAAGGAGAGAAACCUCAGCUUUCUAGACGCGAGAGGGAAGAGAUCGAGAGGCAGCGCGCGGCGGCGGCGUACCAGAAGCUGCACGCGGAGGGCAAGACCGACCAGGCGCGCGCCGACCUCGCGCGGCUCGCCAUCAUCCGCCAGCAGCGCGAGGAGGCCGCCAAGCGACGCGAGGCAGAGAAGAAGGCCAAGGAGGAAUCCACCACUAAGAAAAGGUAGACUUGUACAUGACUCUAGACUAACGAGAAAGUUCCAACCAACUGUUUUGCACGCUGAUAAUCUCAAUAUGGAAAGGUAACACACAAAAUAUCUGAUGCUCGGAAAUUAUUCUACUUUAUGUAUUCAAAAUCGUGCGUGAAGGAAUUGUAUAGUGCAUAAUAGCUGGAUAUUAUUUGAACCAGUGGCAUAUUUUUAUAAUAAAUGUUCUGUUUGUGUUGGCAUAACAUUCUUGGAGGGCGUCCGACGGCGUUUGCAAAGAGGAUUAUUUUACGUCUUAGAAAUUUUACGUAAUAUUUUAUAUUUGCAGUUUUAAUAAAGCUUGGCAACAUGCAUGAUUUCUGUUACAGCCAUUAAUAUCCAUAUAGUAAAAAAUAUUGUAAUUAACUUAAUAAGUAAAGCCUGAAUCUAUUUUUAGGCAUUGACGAGCUGUUGUCUUUUAAUUUUUCAUUGUAAAAUUUUAGCGAUGAAAAAUGUGUACAUAAUUGCAAUGAAAUUGUCCGAAACUAAUGAUUUCAUAAAGUCGUCAUAGUCCAGUUUUACAAAUAUUUGUAAUUUAUUGAUCCUCGGAGGCAUUGUAAUGUGUAUUCUAUGUUAAACCUUUGAAGCAAUAUCCCUAAUAAGUGUGAGGAACAGGUGUAAGAGAUAUUUCUUGGUUUUAUGUGUCGAUGAACUUGACGAUUUUUUUAACAGAAUUUAAUAUUUAUAGACUUUUCAAUUAUUCUUUGUCCUUAUCGGGUGCACAACUAAAUAUAAUAACACUUUGUAACAAAUAAAUGAUUUUACUUUCAUAUACAAAUAUUUUCCUGAGACAUUUUAAGAAAUCCGGUAACAGUUUUUGCCACAAAAUCUUUGUUAUGAAGGAAUACUGGGAUGUGUAUUUAGAAUAAAUUUUCGUAUUGUAUCUUAAAGUUGAUGAAUUAAACAGUUUAUAAAUAGCUAAUUCUUUUCAUAACAAUAGUAUAAAACAAUGAUAAAUAUAACUUAAUGAAAUGUAAUAUAAUAAAGUUUAUAAAAGAUAUAAUGGCGAAAAUGAGUUCCACCGGUUAAAAUACUAUAUGAAAUUAGCAUUGUAACUGCUAAAUAGACAAAGACGCCUUACAUGGACUUUAGCAGAAUUGUAUCGAAACAACAGCGGGCAAUGGCAAUUUCAUAGAGUAAACAUGUUAUAUAUAAAUUUGCUUAGAUAUAAUUGUUGGAAGUGUCACUAGACAAUUUUUAUAAUGCAAAUAAUAUUAUGUAUCUAUACAAUAAAAAUUGGAAAUGAUCUCCUCA